GACACCUGCUUAUUGACGAAAGCCCAUUUGCUCAAUAUGUUCGUGAGAAAUCGAAUUAGGGCAAGAUUUCUCCACUGAUUGAAUCCGAAAUCUGAAAUUCAUUACCACACACAAUAAUCCAAACGACCUGAGGGUCUAUUACCUAAUAAAUCCUAGAACUCUCUAUCGAGGAAAGGUUUGGUUCAUCUUGCUUUUGCAACUUCUGGCCCAUUAUUAUUAAGAGCUUUCAGGAGAAAGAUUGACUGUUUUGGAAUCAAUGGAUCGUGGUCACUAUGGUCCUCAGCAAGGAUGGGAAAAUAACAGCGCUUUGGAGGGGUAUGGUGCUGUUCAUGAUUCAUACUUCAGGGCUGGUGACCCUUAUGAUGACAGGAGGUAUGUAGAUGACAGGUUCUCGAGGGACGAUGCUUACCCAAGGGGUGACUUUCACCGGGACAUAUUGGAGAGGGAUAGCUAUCCACCUCCACCACCACCAGUUGGCAUGUGGCCUCAAACAAGGAGGAGAAACUAUGAAGAAGAAUAUUCUUUUGAGAGGGAUUAUAGACGACAUGAAAAGCCGCCUGCUAGAUAUGGAGAGCGUGAACGUGAUGAUUACAGUUAUGAUGAUUAUGACUUCAGAUCUCGUUUUUCACGUCACAGUAGGGAGGACAGUCUUGAAAGAGAUUUUGAGCAUGGGAGACACAGUUAUGAUUCUGACUAUGAUAGAGGCAAUAGGAGAGAAAGUAACUGGAGAAGGCGUGAAUCUCGUGAACGUGAGCAUGACAAUAGAGACCUGAGUCGGGAAAGGGAUGAAAGUCCAUACAGAAGGCACGAUCACUCUCGUUCUCCUUCACGUUCUCAUGGUCGUGAUGAUCGUGCACGGUCUAGGUCUCCUCGAGGCCGAAGUCAUGGUCGAAGUCUUAGAGAAGACAGUUAUGAUGACGGUCGGCAUGGGAGGAGUGGCAGACGAAGUGAUCAUGAGGAUAGACGUCUGCAUGACCAUUACUCUGUUGCUCCCUCUGCUACUGUUGUUGUGAAGGGUCUUUCUCAAAAGACAACUGAAGAAGAUUUAUACCAGAUCCUUGUUGAAUGGGGACCACUUCGUAAUGUCCGUGUGAUCAAGGAGCGAAAUUCUGUCAUAUCUCGUGGAUUUGCUUUUAUUGAUUUCCCUUCUGUGGAUGCAGCACAAGCAAUGAUGACUAGGCUUGGGGAUGAAGGUCUGCUUGUAGAUGGCAGAAACCUCUUCUUUGAAUACAGUAGUAAACCAACUGGGGGGGUUAGUGGGCCUCUUGGAACAGAUCAUGCAUCAAGAUCAGGCCAUGUUCGCAGAAGUAUUACCGUACCAUCAGAUUGGAUGUGCACUAUUUGUGGUUGUGUCAAUUUUGCUAGGCGGACAUCCUGUUUUCAGUGUAAUGAGCCAAGAAUGGAAGAUGCUCCCCCAGCUGAUAUGACGUCGUCAAAUCCCACUUCUAUUGGGAAGAGAGGAGAAAUAGGUCCUACCCAUGUUCUUGUUGUUCGUGGAUUGGAUGAAAAUGCAGAUGAGGAAAUGCUUCGUUAUGAAUUUUCUAAACACGCUCCUCUUAAGGAUCUGCGACUUGUUAGAGACAAAUUCACUCACGUCUCAAGAGGAUUUGCUUUCGUUCAUUUUCAUUCGGUUGAGGAUGCUACUAAAGCCCUUGAAGCAACAAAUGGCACCACUCUAGAGAAAAAUGGGCAGAUUCUUCGAGUUGCCUAUGCAAAAAGUAUUAUUGGAGGUGGAUCGGCAACGCCAGGUGCUUCUCAGUCAAGUAGUCUUGCUGCUGCUGCAAUUGAAGCAGCAACAUUUGCCCAGCAGUACGAUGCUGUUGGGUGGACACCUAAGGAAUACAAUCCUGAUGAUAAACAAUCUGCUGAUGAGGAAGAUCAGGGCAGAGAAAACACAAUUCAAAAGGAUCCUUCAGCGCCUCGAUCUGGUUUUGUGUGGGACGAAGCCUCUGGUUAUUAUUAUGAUGCUGCUUCUGGAUUCUACUAUGAUGGAAAUGCAGGUUUAUAUUAUGAUGGCAACAAUGGCAUCUGGUAUACUUAUGAUCACCAAACUCAGCAAUAUAUCCCUUGUGCUGAUCAGAAUGACAAAACUGCUGAAAAGCAAAGUGAAACUUCCAAGGCAUCUGAUGGUCCCAGUAGUAAAAAAGUGAUUAUAUCUGCACCAGCUGCUACAAUAACAUCGAAUGAGAAAGCUGCUUCAUUACCAGAUACUGUCCAGGCUGCUGCUGCCGCAGCAAUGGCAGCUGAAAAGAAAGAGAAGGAGAAAUUAAAAGAAAUAAGACUUGCUUCUAAAAGCAGCAUUCUUGCUAACAAGAAGAAGAUGAGUAAUGUUCUUACCAUGUGGAAGCAAAGGAGUAAUGAAGGACAAGCACCACGAGUGGCACUUGAUGACAAUCAGCCAUCUGCUGCAGUUGAGGAGAGAUUUAAUACAGCGCCAUCCACAAAAAGCAAGUUCAAAAGCGACGUGCCGAGUACAAAAGAGAAUUCUAUGUCCUCUUCAGGAUUUACAACAAAUUCCCCAAUCCAAUCUGCUGCUUUGGAAUCUGUAGACAGGGCCAGACCCGUGAUUUCUGGUUCCAGUGGAUCCUUAAAAGGGGUGAUAAGGAGUUCUGGAAUGGGGGUGGUGAAAUCUGAUACUUUAUAUACAGGAUCAACAGGAGGUGCUUCCACUUCUUCGACCAGCACAUCUUCAGUUCCAUCUUCGCUGACUUUCACAGAUGCUUCGAUCACAGUGACACCAUUCAGAACAGAUGCUUCUGCUCUGGGUUCUUAUGCAUCAUCUGUUGCAGCUGGAAGUGGUAAGAGAAGGUUUUCAGAGAUGCCAUCUUCUGCUCUCUCAAAUAGGGAACAGACCCAAACUACCUACAGAGAUCGAGCAGCUGAACGUAGAAGUUUGUAUGGUUCAUCAUCAUCUUUUGGGGAUGACCAAUCUGAUGUUGGAGAUUCCAAUCGAGAUUCAACAUUUAGAAGGGGUGCUUUGGAUUCCAUGCCUUUCCCUCCUGGUGUUGGAGGUGGACGAGUUGCUGGAGAUGCAAAUAGUCAGAACUAUGAAGUGAUCACAGCAGACAGGGCAAUUGAUGAAACAAAUGUGGGGAAUCGGAUGCUCCGCAGCAUGGGCUGGCAUGAAGGCUCGGGAUUGGGAAAAGACAGAAGUGGCAUGGUAGAGCCUGUCCAAGCUCAGGCCAUGGAUACAAGAGCUGGACUAGGGAGUCAGCCGAAGAAGUUGGAUCCAAAACUUGAAGUGCAGGCGGGAGAUAGUUACAAAGCUGUUAUUCAAAAGAAGGCCAUUGCCCGGUUUCGGGAAAUGUCAUAGCGAGUUGACACUGAUGAAGCUUUAUAUUCUCUGUUCUCUGCUAUUCAUUUUCCCUUUUGAGUUUCUGUUUGUAGAACUAGUGAAAGUCGUUAUAAUGUAAAUCAACUAAAUGUUUCUGUUCUGAGUGCAUUGUGUCAAUUACUGCUUUAUGUUGAAUUGGAAUUUACUUGAAUAAAUGUUGAUCUUUAUUGAAGUUU